UUUGGCUGCCGCGAGGUCAGGGGGCUUUUGUGUUUUUUACGCUUAAACAUUGCCAGCCCACGGGAAAAGAAAUCCAUCCCAAAACCGCUCAUCUCCUCUUCCUCCCCUGUUUCUCCCUUCCUCUCUCCGUCCCCGUUCCCCAACCUCCCAAAUCCUAACCCAACCUUUGUUUGUCCCGGCUUAUUGGGAUUCCGUGGCUGUUUCCUUGACUGAGGAGCGGCGGAGGACGGAUCGGGCCCGGGAAUUCGCCUUCUUCUUGCCCGGAUUUGGUGAAGAAGGCGGCGAGGGGUCUCGAUCUACGAUGGGAUCCAAUGCGAUCGAGGACUACUGGAUCGAUGCCGGAGGGUCGGAUGGUGAAUUGCGCUGCGCGCUGGAGAGCUUCUGUGAGAUGGCUCCGACCGCAGGAGUGGGGAUUGAAGAGGCCUACAGAGAUGUUUGCGGGCUUGAGCAGACUAGCUCGAGGAAGAGGAUAAGAGAUGAAUCAUGUGCAGGACCCAAGUCUAAAGCAUGCCGUGAGAAGAUGCGGCGUGAUAAGCUAAAUGAUAGGUUUUUGGAAUUAAGUUCCAUCCUUGAUCCUGGUAGGCCUCCUAAGUUUGAGAAAUCCAGUAUUCUAAGUGAUGCAGCUCGUCUAUUGGUACAGUUGAGAAGUGAAGCACAGCAACUUAAGGAAUCAAAUGAAAAGCUUCAAGAAGCAAUUAAAGAUCUAAAGGUGGAGAAGAAUGAACUUCGAGAGGAGAAGAUGAAGUUGAAGGCAGAUAAGGAGAGAUUAGACCAACAAGUCAAGGCCAUGAGUGUGCCUCCAGCAGGAUUUAUGCCCCAUCCAAUUGCAUUCCAUCCUGCUACUGCCACUGCUGCAUUUGCUCCACAUGGUCACACCCCGGCAAACAAAGUUGCCCCAUUUACUGCCUUCCCUGGUGUAGCCAUGUGGCAAUGGUUGCCUCCUGCAGUCGUGGAUACCACACAAGACACCAAGCUUUGGCCUCCCAAUGCAUAGACACUCAAAAUGCAGCAACCGCAUCUUUUUGCUGACCCUUCUUUUAUUAAAAUUCACUUAUGCUGAAUUUAAGUGUAUAUAGUCUGAUUGGAGCACAUGUGGUCCGCUUCUGGUGUGGUUAUUAUGCGGCAAUGCUAAAGGGUUGCCUGACAUUUUGACUGAUUUAUGAAUUUGCAAGGAUUGUGCUUGUUUGAGUAUUUCGAAACCCAAUAUAGUACAUUGUGUUUCA